CUCAGCUCAGCUCAGCCUCCGUUGUACAUCACUCUCCUCUCCUCUCUCUCUCCAGAGGCCACGGCAGCCGCCACCGCCCGGAGAAACAAUGGAGGCCGGCGAGGCAGCCGGCGCCGUCCUCUUCCUCCUCGCCGCCGCCGUCUCCCUCCUCGCCGCCGUCUCCACCGGCGCCCUCGACUUCACCUACCUCCUUCUUGCUUUCAGUGAGCUGAGCUCUUGUCGUGGUACGUUCCCAGUCGUCGGCGAGGGAUCGUCGACGUCGCCGGGGAGCGGCGGCGGCGCGUGGUGGCGCGAGGCGUGGGUGGGGGCGCGGUCGCGCGCGGUGGCGCCGGCGCUGCAGGUCGGGGUGUGGGCGUGCAUGGUGAUGUCGGUGAUGCUGGUGGUGGAGGCCACCUACAACUCCGCCGUCAGCGUCGCCGCCAGGCUCGUCGGCUGGAGGCCGGAGCGGUGGUUCAAGUGGGAGCCCCUCGGCGGCGGCGCCGGCGCCGGCGACGAGGAGAAGGGGGAGGCUGCUGCUGCUGCUUAUCCCAUGGUCAUGGUCCAGAUACCCAUGUAUAAUGAGCUCGAGGUGUACAAGUUGUCAAUCGGAGCAGUUUGUGGGCUCAAGUGGCCAAAGGAGAGGUUGAUAAUCCAAGUUUUGGAUGAUUCCACGGACGCAUUUAUCAAGAAUUUGGUUGAGCUGGAAUGUGAGGAUUGGGCAAGCAAAGGUCUAAACAUUAAGUAUGCCACCAGAAGUGGCCGCAAAGGGUUCAAAGCAGGAGCCUUGAAGAAGGGAAUGGAGUGGGACUAUGCCAAGCAAUGCGAAUAUGUUGCCAUAUUUGAUGCUGAUUUCCAGCCAGAACCGGAUUUCCUUCUCAGAACUGUCCCGUUCCUCAUGCACAAUCAGAAUGUUGCGCUUGUACAAGCUCGGUGGGUUUUUGUGAAUGACAGAGUAAGCCUACUGACAAGGAUACAGAAGACAUUCCUUGAUUACCACUUCAAAGCUGAGCAGGAGGCAGGAUCGGCUACAUUUGCUUUCUUCAGUUUCAAUGGGACCGCUGGUGUAUGGCGCACAGAAGCUAUCAAUGACGCAGGAGGUUGGAAGGAUCGAACUACAGUUGAAGACAUGGACUUGGCUGUCCGAGCAACCUUAAAGGGAUGGAAAUUCAUCUAUUUAGGGGACCUCAGAGUAAAGAGUGAGCUUCCAUCCACUUAUAAAGCAUACUGCCGACAACAGUUCCGGUGGUCUUGUGGCGGUGCAAACUUGUUCCGAAAGAUGAUAUGGGAUGUCUUGGUUGCCAAGAAAGUGUCAUCCUUGAAGAAGAUCUACAUACUGUAUAGCUUCUUCCUGGUGAGGAGAGUUGUUGCCCCUGCUGUUGCCUUUAUUCUCUACAAUGUUAUCAUCCCUGUGUCGGUCAUGAUCCCAGAGCUCUUCCUGCCAAUCUGGGGCGUUGCCUACAUUCCUACAGCACUCCUGAUUGUCACUGCCAUAAGAAAUCCAGAAAAUCUGCACACAGUGCCACUGUGGAUUUUAUUCGAGAGCGUCAUGUCCAUGCAUCGGUUGAGAGCUGCUGUAGCUGGUCUGCUGCAACUGCAAGAAUUCAACCAAUGGAUUGUGACGAAGAAAGUGGGGAACAAUGCCUUCGACGAGAAUAAUGAGACUCCAUUGCUUCAAAAAUCCAGGAAAAGGUUAAUAAACAGAGUGAAUCUACCUGAGAUCGGAUUAUCGGUGUUCCUCAUCUUUUGUGCAUCCUACAACCUUGUCUUCCAUGGAAAGAACAGCUUCUACAUAAAUCUCUAUCUCCAAGGAUUAGCCUUCUUUCUUCUGGGGCUGAAUUGCGUUGGCACUCUACCUGAUCAUUGCUGCUUCUGACAAAUCAAGUCAAAUCUGCUGCCGUUUCAUCAAUCUGAUAUGUGAUUCUUUUCUGUGUUUAAAUUUCUCCAGAAAGCAUUUUUAAAUUGUAGAGUACGUCACAGUUUAUGUUGACCUGUAGUAUUUUGCAUAGUUACAAAAGGUCAAAAAUGUCAAUAACAAUCCAGUAUAUAUCAACAAAUUCACAGGUCUGCCUUUUUGCUGA